GUUGUUGGAGCUGCACUGCUUGCAUCACGCGGCGCCGCCGACAUGCCGCCGCCCCACCGUGAGCUGGCGCCCGCGGGUGCCACCUUGCCGCACUCGCGCAAGGUGCCGGGCCCGCUGCGCAACCCCUGGGGCCAGGACCAGCUGCGGCCUCGCUACCCGCGUCUGGAGGAGGACGUGACCGCUGACGUGGUGGUGGUGGGCGCGGGCCUCUCGGGGUUGUGCACGGCCUACCGCCUGCUGCGCGCGGGCAAGAGUGUGGUGGUGCUGGAGUCCAAGGUGGUUGGAUCGGGCAGCUCCGGCCGCGGUCUGGGCAUGAUCAGUCCCUGGAUCGACGACACGUAUUUGGAGGUGGAGCGCACACUGGGUCUGGAGGCGGCGCGGGCCGUGUCGGCCUCCCACCGCGCCGCCGCCGACUUCGUACGGGGUUUGGUCAAGGAGGAGGGCAUCGAGUGCGGCCUGGAGGAGGUUGAGGCGGCGGUGGCGGCCCGGCUAGAGCCCUCGCCCGCCUCCACCCGCAGCCAGCAGGCCGGGCCGCGGCGGCCCCAGGAGGGCGUGGGGAACAGCGGCGCCGCCGCAGAUGCACGCGGGGAGGAGCUGAGCCCGUAUCAGCAGCAGCAGCUGGAGUGGCAGCGCCGGCAGGAGGAGCGCCAGGCGCGGCGUGAGGAGGAGCGGGCCGCACGAGCCCUGCGCCAGGAGCUGGCUGCCUGCUGCCGCGCUGGCGUGGAGGGCAGCCACGUGGCGUUCCGGCGGCGUGCUGGCGGCGAGUCCGACGAGCUGCUGCUGCUGCCCGGCGGCCUCAACCUGCAGCCGCUGAGGCUCCUGCAGGGGCUGGCAGAGGCGGUCACACGCCGCGGCGGGCGCAUCUAUGAGCACAGCCGCGCCAAGGGCGGCAAGGUGACGGGGCCCGCCGGCGGCCGCGUGCAGCUGCUGGACGCCCCGCACACCGCCACCGCCACCCAGGCUGUCAUCCUGGCCACGCACAGCCCCAUCAACCGCAACCAGCUGUGGGUGCACGACCGCCAGCUGCCCAAGCGCUCCUACACCCUUGGCAUCGAGGUGCCCAGGGGCAGUGUGCCCGACCACUUCCGGCAGUUCGUGGCGCUGGCGCCGGUGCACGGCGGCGGGCUGUGGGGCGGCGUGGCGGGGGCGCUGCUGCCGCCCGGCCUGUUUGCCUCCUCUGCCUCGGCGCGCAAGCAGCAGGUGUCUGUGCGGCUGGCGCCGCUGCCUGCUGGCCACCACAUCGCUCAGGGCGAGGGCGGCGGCGGCGGCGCGGCGUACGGGCCCUCCCUGGAGUCCAACAAGGAGCUGCUGCUGGUCCACGGCGCGCUGCACCAGCAGGGCCAAGACGAGAAGCAGUACGGCGACCCCUGGGGCGAGCUGGAGGCCUGGGCGCGGGAGCGCUUCCCCAUGUCCGGCCGCACUCUGUACUGCUGGUCCGGCUCCGACUACUACCCGGCGGACCUGCUGGGGCUGUACGGCCGCGACCCGCUGGACCUCAGCCGCCCGCCCGUGUACGUGCUGACGGGGCACGGAGGCCAGGAGUGGACGGGCGCGGUGCUGGGGUCGGAGGCGGUGGCGGGGACCAUCACCGGCGCACCGCCGCCCUGGGCGCCCGCCUACCGCCCGUCGCGCUUCGUGCCGGGGGCCCUGGCCAAGUACACCCGCGAGCUGUCCCUGUACUUCGGCACGGUGGCGGCGGCGCUGCUGAAGCACGUGGUGCCGCGUAGCCUGGAGGACGUGGCGGGGCUGGUGGCGCCAGGGGCGGUGGAGGAGAGGCUGGAGCCGGGGCAGGGCAGGGUGGUGCAGCAGGGCCUGCUCAAGGUGGCGCUGUGGCGGGACGGCGGCGGCCAGCUGCACCGCCACAGCGCCCUGUGCACACACCUGGGCUGCUGCGUGGAGUGGAACCCGCUGGACAGCACCUUUGACUGCCCCUGCCACGGCUCCCAGUUCGACGCCUGUGGCGGCUGCCUGCACGGCCCGGCGGUGGCGGACCUGGAGGACCUGGGGGGGCCGCUGGCCGCCGCCGCCACCGGCCGCCCGCUGCAGGCGGCACUCCAGGGGCUCAAGGGACUGCGCGCCUCGACGCCUGCUGGCAACAGCAGUACGUAGGGGCGGUGGAGGUGGCGGGUAGCAGCAGCAGGGGGGUGCUGGGGCGUGUCACACGGCAUGCAGGGGCUGCGGGUUUGCCAACAACCCUGGCCGGGCCGCGGGGGGUUGGGGGUGUGGAGAGCGGGACGGGUCACCGCGCCGGUGGUGUGGGAAGGCGGGCGGUGGGGUGGCGGCGUGCCGGCCUGCAGCAGCGGCACGGUUGGUAUUGUCUUGCAUGGCAGGGUACGGCAGGUCAUUAGAUUGUUAUUGAGGCCAAGCUUUGCAGAUACAUAGCAGAGUAAGGCGCCUCAGGCCGCUGGGUGCUGGCCGACGGCAAAGACCGCUCACACCGGGCGUCGCCGUGCGGUGCUCGGGCCUCAGGCCAUGGCCGGAUGUAUGAGGUUCGGGUUGGGGAUUGACGUUGCGUGGUGGGCUGAAGGUUGAGCUGUUGGGAAGUUGGGUAGCUAGCUCGGCAGCGUAGGUUAUUGACGUUGCUCUAAGAAACUAAACGCGUAGGCUAUUUUGUUGAGUUGUGCGGCAAAGUCGCGGACAGCAGCAUAGAAUCGGGCGCCAGGCGGGCAACGGCAGCAGCGUGGGUGCGGGUGGCGUGAGCCGAGCACGUAAGCGAAGGAGCUGUCGAGCGCGGGAUGGGAAUUUGGUGGCAUGCAAAACUGGCGACAGGUAGGGUCGAACGGGCCAAUGGAGGAACGCCUGUUAAUGAGGGACAGCUAGCGACAACAAUGCAAUCCACUAUCCAUGCAAUCGGCGGGCCCUGCACGCACAGCACGGUAGGCCGAGUUCGCUUAAUCUC